GCGGCCACGGAGUAGAACUCUGUAAAAAAAAAGGAAAUGAAGAAAUUGAAAAACAAAUUAAAGAAUACUUAACCACUCCAUUUUAUUCUGUAUUUGAACCAAUUUGUCUUAAUACAACAUUGCAAAAGCAAGCUUUUAAUACAAUAAAAAUAUUACAAAAAGAAUUAGAAGAACUAAAUACAAUGACUACAAUAACAACUAAUAUCCAGCUUCAUAAUGACCUUAGUUCACAAAAAAGUGUAGUUCAAAAAGAAAUAAGAGAAGAAGAAGAACGACUUAGAAAACUCAAGAGGCAUGCACAUAAUCAACAAAAAUCUGAAAUGAAAAAACUUUGA